UUGACACACCCCGGUGAAGAACCUAUGUCAGGGAGCUUUGGCAGAUCCCCUGAUUGAUGUGACAGUUGAUGGACAAUCAUUACCAUUUUUGGUGGAUACAGGGGCAACAUAUUCCACCAUGAAUGCUGUCAUGCCUUCACACAAACUUUCUGAUCAGACAAUAUCAGUGGUUGGUUUUUCUGGGGUGAAACAGACUCUGCCAAUCUCCACGCCUCUGCACACGGUUGUGGGCAGACAGAAAGUGACGCAUCCUUUUGUGUGCUCCCCCUCAUCUCCCGUUAAUUUACUAGGGAGGGAUUUGUUGAUUGCUCUGGGGGCAACUAUUUUGUGUGGACCUGAUGGAUUACUUGUCACUUUUCCAGAUGGAUCGUCUCACGCCUGUUCUCCGGUUUAUACCCAUGGACAGUUUUUGCUGCAACAAGCUGAGGAGCAACUGGCUGACAUAUACUGGGGGCGUUUACAGCCGGAAAAGACUGAUCAUGCUGGAAUUCUGUCUUGUUUUCUGCUUUGGAAGCCCUGGAUUCAAGCGCUUGCUCCGUAUGGUCCGACCCCUGAUCUGCCCCAUGUUACUUUGUUUUAUGACCGAGACCAGACUGAAUGGUUCCAGGAGCAGUUUGAGACACAUUUAGCCGGUGGUGACUGGACUGUAUUUUCACAGGACAUUUAUGUGGCACCGGAGGGGGUGGCUGCAGCUGUUGAUCUGACUCAAGAUCAGUCGUUUUGGUAUAAAAUGCAAGAUGAAGCUGUUCCACAUAUUUCUUUGGCUCUCCAUCCUGGCCAUCAGGCCAUGGAAUUAGGGGGCGUGGUAAAGCGCUCCCUGGCAGUCUUAGACUGGCAGGCAACUGUUAAUACAGACCUCUUUUUCUCUCCUUCUACAAACACCUACAGAAUAAAGUGUUCUGCUGUAGACUCUGUAGUUUUGGAACAUCUUCAACUUCCUAGGCAUCAUGGCAGGGAGUUGACUGAUCAUCCAACUGCAGCUGCAAUGUUGGCUUCUCUGCCUGAAUGUCUGUGGGCAACGGGUCCUACGGAUGUGGGGCUCGUUGAUGUCACACCUGUCACUUUUGAUUUGCGACCGGGCCCUCCUAUUUGGAGGUCUCAGUAUCCUCAUAAGCAGGCGGCGGAAGAGGGACUAGCGGAAACUAUUGGGGGUCUUCUGGAGGCUGGUGUGUUAGAAUCUUCCACCUCUUCCUGGAACACUCCUAUUUUACCAGUCGAGAAGAAAGGGACGGGUAAAUACCGCAUGGCACAUGAUCUCCGGACAAUUAAUUCCGUUUUAUUGACCCCUACGGUGCCAGUCCCUAAUCCUCAUGUUGCAUUAACGAACCUUGAUCCCUCUCAGACUUGGUUUUCUUGUGUGGACCUUGCUAACGCUUUCUUUUGUCUCCCAUUGGCUGAGGAAUGUAGGGAUGUGUUUUCUUUCACCUACGGGGGUCAGCAGCUGAGAUAUACGCGUUUGCCUCAGGGUUUUGCUCUCUCCCCAGGGCUCUUUAAUCAGGUUUUGAAACAGCAGUUAGCAGACUGCUCGUUACCGGACGGUGUGACUCUGAUUCAGUAUGUGGAUGAUCUCAUGCUGGCAGCACAGUCGUUGGAGUCCUGCAUUGAGGCCACGCGACGUUUGCUGUCACACCUUGCUGACAGAGGUUUUAAAGUGAGCAGGUCUAAAUUGCAAAUUGCGAGGAAGCAGGUUUCUUUCUUGGGGCGGACUAUCACUGCGACUGGCACUCAGAUGUCUGCCAGUCACAAAUCUGCUAUUCUCGAUCACCCUAAACCACACACGGUGAAAGACAUGCUGUCCUUUCUUGGUUUGACUGGAUAUAGUAGGAACUAUGUUCCUAACUAUACUGGUUUGACAGACCCUUUACGGGCAUUAGUCAGGGAGCAUGGGACUCGUAAGCUCAACCAGGCUUUGACUUGGAAUGUGGAGGCGGAAGAUGCUUUUAUCUCUCUGAAACAGCAAUUGGCUGCUGCUGCCCAGUUGGCUGUCCCAGAUUAUGCUUCGCCCUUUUAUUUGGAUGUUUCUGUUACAGAACUGACGGUUAAUGCAGUUCUGUUUCAGAAAAAAGGGGGAGACAGGAGAAUCCUCCAAUAUGUCAGCGCAAUGUUGGAUCCGAUGGAGAAAAGACAUCCGACAUGCACAAGACAUGCAGCAGGUGUGGGAAAAAUGAUUCAAAAGACAGCACACAUUGUGAUGGGUCAUCCAUUACAGGUUAUGACAUCACACAGUGUGGUGGCAUAUGUGAAUUCACAACAUUUCACAUUAACUACAUUGAGACAACAAAAACUGAGCAAAAUUUUGGAAUCACCUAAUAUAACUUUUGUACAUAACGGAGCGAAUAUGGCUGACAGGAUGCAAGAUGGACAGCCACACAACUGUGACGAAUUAGUAUUGAAGGAAGAAAAGAUAAGACCAGACCUACAAGCUUCUCCUCUAGAAGGUGAAGAUGUGAAAAACUUUUAUACAGACGGUUGCUGUUUUAAACAUGACACAGACGGUUUGAGAGCAGCAUAUGCGAUAGUGGAAGACUUGGGCAGUGAGUUUCAUGUUUUGAAGGCAGAAAAGCUGCAGGGUGCCCAAUCAGCACAGAGGGCAGAAGUAAAAGCAAUGGUCGAAGCACUGAAACUAGCUGAGGGAAUGAGGGUGAAUCUUUACAGUGAUUCAGCUUAUGUGGCUAGCGCUGUACAUGUGGAACUUCCUCAGUGGCUCAGGGCAGGAUUUAUGACUGCAACACAAAAGCCCAUAAAACAUGAAACUGAAAUGAAAGAAUUGGCAGAAGCAUUACUCUUGCCUCAAUCUGUGGCUGUGAUUAAAUGCAAGGGACAUGAUCAGAGCAAGACCAGAGUUGCAGCAGGAAACGCAGCCGCAGAUGAAGCCGCUAAGAGGGCAGCGGGAUACCUGACAUCUUUGGUGAUGGUGAGUACUGAACUUGAACAGGUCGAACAAAAUCACCUUGAAAAAAUUAUUUCUCAUCAGAAAACCGUGUCACCUGAGGAACGAUCAGUCUGGAGAGCAAGAGGUGCCGUCUGCAAUGAAGGACUCUGGCGGGGACCAAAUGGUAAAGUAAUUCUUCCUCCAAAUAUGAGAUUCCAGGUUUUCCAGGAAGCUCACGGACUCGGACAUGUGGGUAUUGCACAGAUGCUGAAAAAUCUAGAGCACUGGUGGCAUCCAUUUUUGAGAGACAUGGUUAAGGACUAUGUGAAAACAUGUGAAAUUUGUGGACAACACAACGCAAAACCAACUAUUAGGCCACCAGUGGGACAUUUCCCUUGUACUACACAACCGGGUAAGGAAAUAAUUAUUGAUUUCACAGACAUGGUAACACCCGUUAGAGGAUACAGGUAUGUAUUAAUGUGUGUGGAUGCAUACUCGGGCUGGCCAGAGGCGUGGCCAGCGAAAAAGGAGGACAGUAAAACUGUCAUAAAGUGUCUGAUCAAUCAUUACAUUCCGACCCAUGGAUUUCCAGAGAAGGUGAGAUCAGAUAACGGCACUCAUUUUAAGAAUCAAGAUCUGCAGAAAGUGGAGCAGCUGCUUGGAUUGAAACAUUCUUUCGGUACAGUAUACCAUCCCCAGUCACAAGGCAAGGUCGAGAGGUUAAACCAAACUAUCAAACAAAAAUUGGCCAAAGUAUGUGCACAUACCAAAUUAAAUUGGGUUGAUGCUUUGCCUAUUGCUUUGAUGUCUGUUCGAAUGUCUAUUAAUCAAACAACAGGGUUUUCUCCAUUCGAGCUCCAGACCGGACGGAUUUUUCCAGGACCUGGGAGUCGCGUGCCUGGAUGGAAAGGUGAACUUGCACAUUUAUCUCAUAAAGAUUUCUUUACUGAGUUACAGAGUCUGGCUGCGGAAUUUGUGAAAUACCAGACGGCACAGGAGCGUCCAGCUUCAGGACCAGUUCCAGGAAUCGACUGGGUGCGCCUGAAGGUCAUCAAACGGAAGUGGUCUGAACCUCGCUACACCGGACCAUACCGAGUAGUGGAGAGGACGUCUCAUGCUGUUCGUCUACAAGGGAAAGGAGACACCUGGUUUCAUUGGAGUCAGUGCACAGCUGCCGAGGAGCCACAGCGUGCGCUCCGUGAUGUACAGGAAGAGCUUCGACUUCAAUCUUCGGACGAGGAGCAACGUCAGGCGCUUCCAGGAGGGAGUGUAGCAGGAAUUCCUGCCACAACCACUUCAGGUUCCUGAAAUUCAAAGUUUAAAAGGCUCGGACAGGCAUAAUAAUCCUGUUCCGAUGUCCUUCCAUUGAGGAAGAAGGAGAUUUCAUACUCUCCUUAAAAACUCACUGGAAUAUUGGCAUAAUAAUCCAAUUUUCAGUGAGCAACGGCUGCGAAGGUGGAAACUUGAGGUUUCCGACCGAGAAGGAUCAGGCUACGAGAAGAUCCACAUAAACUCAUUUUAUUGCGAGUUUCGUUUUUGCGAACU